GAACUCAUGAAAGCAAACAUUGCACAUCAAACUCUCCAUUAGAUUCUGAAAUAAUAGAUAUGUGCAUUGCAGUGUUUGCUUGGCAAGUUCACCCUCUCUACCCUUUCCUUCUUUUGCUUAAUAGAGACGAAUAUCACCACAGGCCAACAAAGGCGGUUGGGUGGUGGGAGGGUGGAGAGAUAUUGGGUGGUAGAGAUGAGGUUGCCGGAGGAACAUGGUUGGCUUGUACGAGGGGAGGAAGAGUGUCAUUCCUUACUAACGUCUUAGAGCUUCACACUCUCCCGGAAGCCAAAACUAGAGGAGACCUUCCACUUCGUUUCUUGGAGAGCAAUAAGAGUCCAGAGGAAUUUGCAAAGGAAUUGGUGAAGGAGGUUCAUGAGUACAAUGGGUUCAACCUCAUAACCCUUGACCUUUCUUCAAACACGAUGUUUUAUAUAUCAAAUAGACCAAAAAGUGAACCUCCAACUGUUCAACAGGUUCAACCAGGCAUCCAUGUCCUCUCCAAUGCCAAGCUCGACUCCCCUUGGCCAAAGGCUCAACGUUUGAAAUUUAAUUUUAAAAAGUUGCUUAGCGCAUAUGAUAAAGACGAAGAUAUACCCAUGAAGGAUAUGAUGGACAAACUAAUGAGAGACACCAUGAAAGCCGAAAAGAGUCAACUUCCUAAUAUUUGUUCCAUUGAUUGGGAGCAUAAUCUAAGCUCAAUAUUUGUUGAAGUAGACACCCCGUUGGGUCGUUAUGGGACGAGAAGCAUGAUUGCACUAAGUAUCAAAGAUACCGAAGAAGCAAGUUUUCAUGAGACCUACAUUGAAAGAGGAUUUUGGUGGGAGAAAACAGUCGAUUAUUAUGUUACUCCACAAGUUAAAACGAAAGAUAUUGUCUUCUAAGACUAAAUAUACGUUACAAAAUAUUUAAAAUACUGUCUUUCUCUCUCUAUAUAUAUAUAUGAUAUAUAUAAAAGGCAAUUAGAUACAUGUUCAUCCCAUAUGUGAUCAUGGAUUCAAAUAAAUUGGAAUAAAUGCUUGUAAGGUACUA